CAGCGCUGCAACGACACGCCGACGAUUGCGGGGAGGGGAGUGAGGGUGAUCGGACCGCCAGUGAACAACGGCUGCGUCGUCGUCUCUGCUCAAUCGUAAUCUCCCAAACGUGCAUCCUUCGAUCACGACGCUGCUCUCGUCAUCUGCAGCACCCGUUCGAUCUCCAUGGGCUGCAUCAAAAACUUCUUUGUCAUCCACAAGUCCGGCAAGAUUUACUUCAGCCGCAACUUUCAUGGAGACAGUCUUGACAGCAAUUUAGUUGUCGGCUUUUCGUCUUCGGUAUCAAACUUCUGCAAGACCCUGCUCGGAGAAAACAUUCGGGAGAUUGUCUCGCUUAAAGGGCGGAUUAUCUACAAGGAGGUUGGAGAUUUUAUGUUUAUUGCCCACAGCGAUCUCCAGACGGGAUCUACUGCCAUCCAGUCGAUUCUACGUGAUGUCGUUGGGCUGUGCGAGUUUCUGUUUGGGUCACACGAUUACUGGGAUGAAGAUUUUUUCGACCUCAAAGGGGCACAGGAUAUUGUCACGAUGCUCUUCACCAAAGCAAUCCAAGACCCGUCAACAAUCGUCAAUGGCAUAAGCCAGAUCUUUCUCGAGCCUGAGAUCAUCGAGAGAAUCGACAAGCUCCUUUCUUUCCUGGAAAGUCAUGACGGCGUGUGUGGAAAUGGCACCAUGCUGAUCCUCGGAGAUGCUGUGCUUCACUCCCGCUUUGAGCUUCACGACACCAGGAUGAUCCUUCAGUAUCACAAAGCCAGGCCACUUGGCGGAAACGCCGUAAGAUACACGCCUGCUUUUUGCAGUGGCUCGUGGCAUAACCUGUACAUCGUGCGCGUGCAAGCAUACGUUCUUGUCUUGAUGGCGUACAUCGACAAGCCCUAUUCAAGCCUCCAAAAACGGAUCGACGACUUUCGAAUCUCGUUUGCGCAGUCCCGUCUCGAGAUUCCUACCGAGGAGCCACCACUGCUGCUCCGGCUUUUUGCAAAGCGAGAGACUCUGGCUAUGCUCUACCAGAACAUCAAAAAUGGCUGCACCAUCUUCCCGCAACUUCGCCCUGGCCCAGACGUGCAGCAAAAGGAGAUAUUCUCAACGUUUUGGAGCUUUUUCAGUGACGCCAGUGCAAGCAUGAAGGUACCUGGCAUCACCGAGUUUGGUAUUUGUCGCGAUCAGUACCGCUUUUACGCACGAUCCGAGGGUGUCCACAAGCUCUACAUCCUCCUCUCGACCGAGUCAGUCAAUGCCAACUCGGUCGCUGGCAUUGCCACUGACAUCCUCAAGAGUGUCCGUGCCCACAUCAAAGUAAACUAACGACAGGCGCAACGAGGCAUGCGACUCUGGUCAGCUCGGCAUGAGAACCAAGUCGAUCAUUUGAUUCGGAAGGAAACAGACAGAGAGCGUGUCGAGAGGCGAAGCAAGCGGUUAGCGAUUGUUCAGGCAGAACGACGUAGAGAUUGGCCGAAUACACCGGACUUUGGUCGCUGUUCGAGACAUAGCCAUAUCCAC